AUGGCUUCAUAUCAUGAGGAGUCCACCACGCACCAACCUCUUUCCAUUGCAACAACAGAGGCUGUCAGAGCUCGCAUGGGGCUUAGUUCCCUAGAUCAUACCUACGGCUCUUCAGGACAAAUGUACGACACAGAGUCUCAUCAUAAUACCCCUACAACUUUCAGGUCUUGUUAUUUUUGUGAGAAGAUGUUCCAAGAAAGAGAGCUGACGAGGCAUUUGGAAACGCACCAGCGGAAAGAGCAUAGAAAGCGUUACUAUUGCUCCGAAUGUCCAGAAGCGACGUUUACCAGAGAGGAUAGCCUUCUAAACCACCAAAGUAUUUUUCAUGGCCGAAAGCGGAAAUCUUCGUCAAGGAGAUAA